AUGGGCGAAACUACAACGGAAUGCGGCGAGGAAGUCGCGGCCCACUUUGCCCUCGCCCCGGGCUAUCGGAAUCUGAACCAUGGCUCCUAUGGCACAUACCCUUUGCCCGUCCGCCAGGUGCUACGCGGCAUCCAGGAACGCACCGAGGCCCGCCCGGAUGCCUUCGUGCGUUACGAAUACCGCACGCAUCUCCUCGACACGUCGCGGCACGCCGCCGAGGAAUUUCUGUGCGCGCCGCGGGACACUUGCGUGCUAGUGCCGGACACUACGAAUGGGAUCGAGACGGUCCUACGGAGCCUGGCGUGCGGCGCCGGCGACGUCGUAAUAACCUUUGCUACGGUCUAUCAGGCCUUCGCAAACACCCUCGCCUACCUGGCGCAGACGACCCAGCUCCGUACCACGACCGUCGAUUACACCCUACCCGUCUCCGACGCCUCUAUCUGCGCCGCGCUCGAGGCGGCCAUCAUAGCGGCGCGUGCAGCCGGGCAGACGCCACGGUUGGUGCUGUUCGACACGAUCAACGCCUUGCCGGGAGUACGCAUGCCGUUCGAGCGCCUGACGGCUCUGUGCCGCGCGCAUAGCGUACUGUCGUGUAUCGACGGCGCGCACGGCAUUGGCCAGCUACGGCUUGACCUUGGCGCCUUGGACCCCGACUUCUUCGUCACCAGUUGUCACAAAUGGCUAUACGUGCCGCGUGGCUGUGGCGUACUCUAUGUACCGCAGCGUUUCGUGGCGAACUUUGCUAACAUCGGCACCCUCGACGAUUCAUCCUAUAUGUGUAUCCCAGCUGCGAUUCGCUGGCGUGUCGCACUAACGUGGCAAGGGCGGACAGGAGAGGAGGCUAUCACCGCAUACGGUCUUCAUCUCGCCCGCGCUGGCGGUCAGAUCGUGGCGGAGAUCCUCGGGACCGAAGUGUUAGAGAAUGACGAAGGAACGCUAGGGAACUGCGCCAUGACCAACGUUCGCUUGCCGCUCGCGCUGACGCACGCUACAGCCCUCGAGGAUGCUGGCGGCUGGAUCAUGGAAACCAUGAUCACCAAACAUAGCACAUCCGUCAACGUCUUCUCCUACGCAGGCGCGUGGUGGGUCCGACUCAGCGCGCCGGUCUACGUCACCUGCGAGGACUUCCGGACGGCGGGUUUGCAGCUGCGCGAGAUCUGUGAGGACAUGAAAGCUAGAAUAUAG